UUCCUUUAAUAACAAGUUAAUUUCCUGCAUCACAUACACAUAAACGAAGCUCCGCCUACUCAGGGAGACCCUUGUUUUGACGUCAUCACAAUGACUGGGGAAAAGGAAAAGAGUCUUUUAUGGUCCGCGGAUGCAAAGAUUGUCAUUGAUCGGGGUUUUCUAUCAAUAGUGAUUAAUUGUCUUGAACUGUGUUUUACUGGCGUUAUUUCCUGGAAUAUGUUUGACUUGGUGUUGCUGGCAUGUAUGCUAGGCUGUGCUGGGAAAGGAAAUAAAUCCUCAUGGAGUUUUGACGAAGGCCAUUAAAGACGGUGGAUUUGAUGGACCCAUAGCCAAACGAGUCAAGGUUUUAGAUGGAUUUGAACCUUAAAAUCUAUAUCCAUUGUCAAGCUGAGACUUAAAAUGGCCAAACAACAACAACCAUCUAAUCUCUCUCUGGCUUGGGAGAAAUAUAUGGACUGUCGUGCACAGGGAGCAGAUCUACGUGUCAGUCUACAAUCCUUGGAGAAAUUCCUAAUUUUGUUCCAGUCUAUGCAACACUUCAGGGAGCCUGGGGUGAAGAACACACUGAAAUUCUGCUCAGACAUGACUGAUGCCAGUAACACUCUGGCUAGGGAAUUUCUGACUGAUGUUCACCAGCUGUGCAAUGUGGUGGCUCAACGAACAGAGGCCCCCAGGGAGGGGGAAGUGGAGGAGAGUCACGUGGUGGCUCUGGCAGAGUACUUGGUCCAAGGCCGUGGCUUCCUGUUGCUAAGCACCCUGGAUGCUGUCCUCGAUCAGGAACUGGCAUGUCGGGAAGAGCUACUCACACUGUUGUUAUCACUGCUACCACUAGUGUGGAAGAUUCCUGUUCGGGAAGAAAAGCUCCCUGAUUUCACCCUGCCUUCACUUCUGGAAGUGCAUCCUUGUCGAGAGGAAAAGGCUGCCACUCUGAAUGUGGGAAAACAGAAAAUUUGUGAUGCACAGAACCCUGGAAAGCACUUCUCUCACGAUUGGAAGUCACGGCAUACACGAAGAACUGCUCGGAAACAUUCAGUGAGCGAUGUGUACAAAUCUCAGAUCUCCACAUCGGAUUCUGAAUCCAAUUCAGAUGAAAAAGCAGCAAACACAUGGUCCAAACAUCGCAGGUCUCCUGGUUCAUCCAGGCGUGCUAGCCCUCAGCAUCAGCGGUUAAUUAUUCUUCUGCAGCAACCAUUGCAGUAUCCUUGUGUGGAUGGCAUGAGCAGUUUUGAAAGAUCCAGACCGUACAUGAGGCAUUUUGAAUCGCUAUCACCCAAUACUGAAAUGGUAACUGACCCUCCAGACCCUACUGACCCUGUUUUAAAUGGUAUUGCAAAUUCAUCGUUUGACCUCUGUCAAGUUUUAUUGUCCUUACUGGAGAAAAUCUGCAAAUUUAACAUGACUAUUAAUCACAACCAACAUUUAACUGUUAGCGUUGUUCCCAAACUCAUUGAAAUUUUAACAGAGUUUUGUGACUGUUGUGGACUGGAAGGGGGAAAUGGCCAUGAAGGGGUUGAUGAACUAGCUGCAGGCUGGGCCGAGGAGCCAGUUGCCCUUGUUCAAAGAAUGUUAUUGCGCACCAUCCUGCAUUUAAUGUCUGUAGAUAUCGGUCAGAGUGAGGUACUACCGAAUAAUCUGAGACCAAGCCUAAGUGAUCUACUCAGAGCCAUCAUGAAGAUUCACACCUGCCUUGAAAGGCAAGUCUUCAAGGCAAGUGCGAAUCCAUUUGCUCCUCAAACCAAAAAAACACUGAAAGAGAUACAAGAAGACUUUGCUUUUUCUAGUUACCAUCACCAAGCUCUGCUGCUGCCAGAACUCCUUGAGGGUGUCCUUCAGUUUUUGCUUGGCUGCUUAGAAGCCUCUGCCACAAACGCUAACUUUUUCAGCCAGGCUCUUGAACUAAUUCAUGAGUUUGUGCAGCACCAUGGCCUUGAGCUGUUUGAGGAAACUUGUCUUAAUCUUGAAGCCCUUGGUAAUGCUUGUGAUUCUGAAAUGAGUGGUGAAGUCUUGGGACGAUUACAUGGCAUUAUUGCUGGUGUCCUUAAGAUAAUCAGUGUAGUGAAGAGGGUCAAAUCAGAACAAAUACACCAAUCAUCAUGUGCACGACGCCGUCACAGACGCUGUGAAUAUUCCCAAUUGUUGCACCAUCACUGUGACAUCUCGGGACUGCCUGUCACUGCCUUUAAUCAGGCAAAUAAACACAACAUUGAGGAGAAAACUAAGGGUAACGAAUGGCAUGUGUGCUACCCUGAAGGUUGUUGCAUUCUGGCUGUCUGUGCUCACCAGUGUCUGAGACUACUUCAACAUCUCUCACCCUCUGGGCCUGCCAUGCUGCAGAUGCUGGCUGGUGUGCAAGCUGUUGGUAUUUGUUGCUGUAUGGAACCACAUUCAGUGGUGGCUCCUCUGCUUCAAGUAUUUCAAGCCCCAGGUCUGUGCAGCCAUCAGUCCUAUAUUCUCAAUGUACUUAGUAGGCUUGUGCUGGAACAGCUUGGAGGGGAACAACCCUCAGUGAAGGCCAGACUUACCUCUUGUGAUAUCUGUAUCUUGGACAGCAGCCAGAAACUUGAUAUUGAAAAGACUUUGCAAGACUGUGGUCUGGGAAAAGAGAUGGCCCCAUCAACUUCUCCCGGUUCUUCCUCCCAAUCACAAGUUGUUCUACCAAGUAGAGGGUCUGAAGACAUGUUUUGGAAAUGGGAUGCUUUAAAAGCUUACCAGGAAAUAGUCUUUGGUAAAGAUUGGCAGUUAAGUAAGCAGAUUGCCAGUCAUCUAUGCCAGCUGACCUUAAGGGGAAAUGUAGUGAUACAGUGGAAACUGUACACUUACAUUUUUUAUCCUAUGCUUCAGAGAGGGGUGGAGUUAGCCCACCAUGCCCAAAAACUAGGUGUGUCCAAGACAUGCAGUCAGGUCUGUAGCUAUCACACCCACUGCCUCCCUGUGGAAGUGCUACUUGUUUAUCUUCAGGCACUACCCUGCUUACUCAAGUCAAGCACAGUGGUUCGUGACAUGUUCCUGAGCAGUACUGGGCUGAACCAAGUGACUGAGUUGAUCUAUCUGGACUCCACUAGGCCUUGGGCACUUAAGGUGUUUGAGACAUUGAUUUUAAGUGGCUCUGACCAUCCGACAGAUGCUGCCUUGCAUGGGCUGGAUAAAACAGAAGACCAAGUGUCUCAAAGAACAGGUGGUGGUCCACAGAGUUUCCGUAAAUUCUAUGAGGAUCUAAAAGAGGAAUGUCUAAGUUCAGGAAUCAGAUGGAACCAUGGAGGAGCAUAUUUGAACAUUAUUAAUGUUUUUUUGUGUGUGGCCUUCCUAUCUGUAAGCAAGGAGGUUGACUGUGAUGGUGAUUCUGCUAAUGACUUUGAGGACACCUCAGGCUAUGAAAAUACAGCUAGUGAAACCCUGGGUACGCAGCGACCUUUCCUCUUACCAGAUAGCAUAGCACUGCUAUCAAAAGAGCAGGUAAGGCGAGCAGCAGAUGUGUGGUCUGUAUGCCACUGGAUGUAUCUGGAGAGCCCAGUAUUCCAGACACAACUCUUCAGGUUAGGCGGCCUGAAUGUGUGUUGUCGCAUCAUGAUUAUGGUUCUUCAGAGUCUUAUGAAAAACGAAGUCAAAUCUAAGAAAAAGUGGGAUGGCAAGGGCAAAACAAGCCCACCAGACUCUGACUCUUCAGCUCAAAUACCAGUACAGACUGCUGUGGAGGCCAUAGUGAUUGGGCCACAUGAAACACAGCAACUCGAUCUUAAUAAUUCAGUGAGUCCUGGUCAUAUGGAGGUAAAACCCAACGUUCCAGCACACAAGCUGGAAGAAGAGUGGGCUUUACAGAAUAUAUGCCUGCUUGAAGCACUUCUAUCCAUCUGUCUUCAUGGCUCCAAGUCUGCGCUCCAGAAACCUGAAUCAAACAUCUCAGUCCAGCUUCAGUCUGUAGAAGACAUCCUGUGUGAGGUGAAGGAUCAGCUGUCUCUCUCUGGUGUGUUGAACUCUGACCUGGCUGUUCCCCUGUUUGACUGCCUGGUGCGUGUUGCACUGGCUCAAGUGUCUGCUCCAGCCACUGCCAUUGAGGAGAAACCUGAAAGGUGUCAAGCCAGUUGUGAAGAACUGGCUCCAGCUGGGGAUCUGUCUGAUGAAGUGGAUGAAGUUCAGGUGUGUGAUGUUCAAGCACUGGGAGAGGAGAAAGGCUACGAGGCUGAUGGUGAAAGCAACCCUGAUGAUUCUGUGCAGUUAGAGGAAGGUGUGAAGAUGGAAGUGCUGGACCCAGUAGAGGAAUGUUUUCUUGGAUCUACUGCUAAGGCACAUGGCUCUGGACAAGCCUUGUUGCUUUUCCCACAAAUCUGCCUUAUGGAGCUGCAGCUGCUGGCCAACAGUUCUCCAGACCUAGAUGUGCUAGGUCACGUACUGCAAAGCCUUCUGGGAGCUGUGAAGAUGCACUAUUCCAAUGCUGCAAUGAUUUACCAACAGGGUGGUGUAAAAACUGUUCUAACUGGCUUUGCAAACAUUCUCAGUCAAUCAAAUCCCACCUAUAAAGAGUGCCAGACCCUACUGGUGGAGCUGCUGGUUUCAAUGGUGAAAGACAGAAUAACAGCAGAGGAAGUGGCUCUGUUGCUCCACCUCUUCCUGGAGAAGACUCCGCCUACUGAGAUUCUGCUGAAUGGCAUUCUCCAGGUGGUGGAGGCUAACACAGAAACAGAGCCGCUACAUUACUUGUCUUUUCCCAUGUCCCUGUGCACCAGUACUCCCAAAAUCAGCACCAAUGGAGCUGUUGGUGUCAGGACAGCAGUGGGUACUCUUUGGAAGGGCAAGCUUGGUGCAGGCAAGGGGGAAGGCGAGAGUCAUGCUGUGCAUUUUCAGGCUUCCCCUUGGCACAUUGCUCCUCUCCACCUACCUCUAGUUGGGCAGAACUGCUGGCCCCAUAUGGCCAGUGGUUUUAGUGCCUCACUCUGGAUCCGACUUGUGAAGAACAACGAUGAGGGGAGGCCUACACACGGAGAUGAGACUAUGUGGGGCGAUGGAGUCCAGCUUGUGAACUGGCAAGGAGAAAAGAACCUAUUGCAUGUUCUUUCUAUUGGCUCCAAAGCCUUAAUGCUACAAGUGUGGGCUGACAUUUCUACAGGAGCCUGCACCUUCAGGAUCUGCAUCGACCCUAAUGAUGAAAUGAAGGCUGGUCUGCUGGCCCAGGCCGAGUCUUUGCAUAAUGUGCUGAGUGCAGGCCGGUGGCUGCACCUUGCUCUCACUUAUACAGAGCAGCCUGAAAGCAAGAAGAACAUCCAUGGUUGCUUGGAACUCUGGGUGUGUGGCAUCAAAAAAUGUGAGGUCUCACUAGACUACACCCUUCCCAGGAAGUCCAGUCUGUCAUCUGAUAGUAACAAGACCUUCUGCAUGCUGGGCCAUUACCUGAACACUGCAAAAGAGUUGCCACUAACCUUGACUUCCCAUUUGGAUAUGGGCAAUGUGCUUCUGUUUAAUGGCUCCAGAAUAAAGACUGAUGAGGCAUUUUAUCUGUACACAAAUGGCCCUGACCUUACCUCUAUCAUGCCGUGCAAGUAUGGAAAGCCCAGUGGGACAUACUCCAAGUACAUUACUCAGGAAGGACUUCAGUGCGAGAAGAUUCGGGAACUGCUGAUGAGGAAUUCUGAAAUAGACACUUCAUUUAUUAUUGAUAGCCUAGCUGUUGUCUACUCUCCCAGCAAUCCUUCCAUCUACACCAUCUACGAGCCAGUGAUCCGUUUAAAAGGUCAAGUCAGUGCUCCUGUAGCAUUCCAGAGGCCCUUCAGCGCUAAAGAACUGCAGAGCUCUGUGCUGGACCCACUGUCACUCAGGUGUCUGCAGGCUUUGCAGCCCCUUGGACUCCACAGCUGUCUGCAUAAGAUUGGUGGCAUUGGUGCAUUCAUCUUUCUCUUUGCUCGGGCAGUGGAGCAAAGUGAUUGUGAGAAGACUCAGGCAUUGGCACUGCAGGUUUUGUUGUCACUGGUUAAGCACAAUCAGCAUCGUAUGCAUGAAAUGGAGUGUUGCCACGGGUACUCCAUGAUCCACCAAGUCCUCAUGAAGACCAAGUGCAUUGUGGGAUAUCAUAUUCUUAAGACUAUGUUGGAUGGCUGCUGCAGUGGAUCUAUCCUAAUAGUAAAGGAGGACGGUCAGUGGCAUGUGGACACAGAGUCCACGACUGUGGUGCAAGACCUGAGGCUGCUCUCUGAAAUACUACUGGACUGGAAGAUAUGGGCCAAAGCUCAGAGUGGAGUGUGGGAGACUCUUUUGGCUGCUCUAGAGAUUCUUAUCAGAGAGCAGCAUCCUCAGCAGGCGUUCAAUAUUCAGCAGCUGCUCAAAGCCCAAGUGGUGCACCGCUUCCUGCUCACCUGCCAAGUUCUCCAGGAGAAUCAGGAUGAGCACCUUGCCUCUGUUCCACAGGGAGUGUGCCUGUCCUUUAUUAAGAUCAUUCAGGAAGUGCUCGGUUCACCCCCUGAUCUGGCCUUGCUGCGUUUGCUCUACAACUUCCUCCUGGCUGUGCAUCCGCCAACCAACACCUAUGUGUGCCACACACCGUCAAAUUUUUACUUCUUUCUCCAUAUUGAUGGCAAGCUGUACCAGGACAAGGUUCAGUCCAUGAUGUGUCUGCGUCAGUCCAGCAGUGAAGGGAAGUCCACCUGCAGCUCUGUGCACUCGCUCUCCCCAGCUGCAUUCACUGGGAUACAAGCUGAAGAUCCUGACGGCGACAUUUCGAUUCACACCCCAAACGUCUUUACUCCUACUUCUUUGGCUUUCUCAGCAUGUAUGGGGCAGCAUGCUUCUUCCAAAGCAUCCCCAAGACCACGUGAACUAGACGAGGCUACCUCCCUGACUGCACAGCAUGUACUUGACAGCUCAGAGAUGCUGAAAGGUGGCCAGGAGCAGCUCCUAAACAGCUGUGAAUCAGCCAAGACAAUCUGUGAUUCUCAGGAUGUAGCUGAUGAGGUACCGCACACAUCCUCCAUCAGCAUAGGAGAAGAACAGGAAGCUCAAACAGAGCAGGAGGGCAGUGUCAGCACUGACUCAGUUGGAGAAGAGGCUCUGCGAAGGCCUGACAGUCUGAAAGGCAUCCAGUCUUUUCAAAGGAGCCAUAACGACCUUGCCAGCCUGGGUCUGGCCUUUCCAGCACAGAACAGUUCUAUGGCCAUUGCUCGCUGGCCUAGCAUAACCGAUCCCACCGCUCCAAAUGAUGAUAUGGAGAGCUACACCUACUCUCCUGGUUAUGACCGAACACAGAGCAAGGCUAGUGACAGGUCUGGUACAGAAGACUGUGUGGUUCUGAUCUGCUGUGGGCUUUAUGAUCUUCUCAGAGGUGUUCUGCUACUGCUGCCAGAUCUCAUGCUGGAGGAGGUGAUGGACAAACUGAUCCAGCCUGAAGCCCUUGUCGUCUUGGUUAACCACCCAUCCCCUCUCAUUCAACAAGGGGUCAUCAAGCUGCUGGAUGCAUAUUUUAGCCGAGCCCAAAAAGAACAGAAAGAGAAGUUCAUAAGGAACCAUGGCUUUUCUCUGCUGGCCAACCAGUUGUAUCUGCACCAGGGCACUCAGUGCGUGUUGGAAUGUUUUCUGGGAAUGGUUUUUGGCCGGACCGUAAGCUUAGAGGAGGACCUUGACCUAGAGGACAUGGAAAGUGUUUCUCCAUUCAGAAAGCGAUCUGUGGUGCCCAUACUGGGGCUUUUGGAAAACUCUUUGUAUGAAAACUCGCUGGUCCACAAUGCCUUGUGUGUGCUACUGCAGCUGCUGAAUGCUUGCCCAAAACUGACUGAUAUACUGCUGGACCAUGGCCUCCUCUAUGUCCUCAUAAACACCCUGUCCACUCUCAAUGGCCUAGAAAAUGGGAUUCCUCAAAAUGACUACAGACUUCUUGUAUGUGACAUCCAGCAGCUGCUGGUGGCAGUGGCCAUCCAUGCCUGCAGCUCAUCUGGCUCCCAAUACUUUCGCAUCAUUGAGGACCUCAUCACCUUGCUGGGUUUUAUGCAGGCCAGCAAAGUAUAUCACACUCAGGAAAUGGCUAGGGCCUUGCAGUUUCGUGUCCUCCUAUCAGCCAUUGACUUCAUUAAGACGACAGCCAAUCAGGACCCUUGGAAGUUGAGCACCUCUCUCCACGCUUCUGCCUCCCUGCAGCACAGUGUCCAUCAGAAGCGCAAAAGUACUGCAGGCCAGCAAAAAUUCUCCUUAGUACAGUCAGAUUCAUUGCUGAUGCGGAUGCGCUCUGUGGCCAGUGAUGAGCUUACCCAAAUGAUGCAACGGCGAAUGAGCCAGGAAAAUCCCAUCAGAGCCAGUGAGACAGAGUUUAUUCAGAGACUACAGAGAUUAGUAGUGUUGGCUGUCAACAGAAUAAUAUACUAUGACAACAGUAAGGAUUUCCUUGAACUACUAAACUUUCCAGAGUCUCCUGAUCACACAGUGGGUACAUCCUUACAUGCUGAGCAUAUAUCAGAGGAGAAUAGCACCACACAUCCUGCUCCUUUCCCACUCGCUGAUAUGAGAUGUUUCCAGAAAGAUCUUCUCAAGCUCAUGAUGGAGAGUCUAAAAAUCGGGCUGGGCAGUAGUGGACACAGCGGAGCACCACGACAGCAAUGGUGUCGCGUUCUCUGGUCCUGCAGGGACACAUUCCGGCUUCAGAUCGGUCGACUGCUGGUGCACACACUCAGUCCUGCACUUCCUCUGGAGGAGAGGAAGAAAGCACUAGAAUUUGUCUGUGAGCAAAAUCAUCCUGACAUCCUCAGAGAAAUCCUCAGCCCUGGACUUGAGCAUGGACCCAAGCUGGCUCUUUACCUGUAUGAAAUGCUUCAUGACCACAAGGAGAGCCUCACUAAGGAAGAACAGGCAGCUGCUAACACCUUCAUGACAUCACUGAAGCUUUGUGGCCAUCGCUGCAUCCCUCCAACUGCACCACCCAAACCAGAUUUACUCAAGGCCAUCAGAGAGGAACAACUCCGAUAUGAGUCAGAGGCAAGAACAAGCAAAAGUGCAUGGGAGAAAAAACUGGCCAUUGCCCAAAAGAUUCUAAUACAGAGACUGGAUAGUAAGUCAAAGGACAUCUCCAAGAUUGCAGCGGACAUCACUCAGAACAUGUCUCUUAGGCAAGGCAUAGAAAGGAAGAAGGUCAUUCAGCACAUACGAAGCCUUUACAAGACCGACCUGAGUGCCAGCCGCCAUUGGCAAGAAUUAGUGCAGCAACUCACUCAUGAUCGGGUGGUAUGGUACGACCAAUCAUCUUACCCAACAUCGUGGCAGCUGGAUCCCACUGAGGGUCCCAACAGAGAGCGUAGGCGUCUGCAACGAAGCUACCUCACCAUCCCCAAUAAAUACCUUCUCAAGGACCGCUGCAAACCAGAGGAUCCUGUCAAAGUCCCACUUGCUUUCCUCUUUGAAGAGAAGACCCACUCAUCUUAUUCUUCCACUGUGAAGGAUAAAGCCACUAGUGAACCCAUCAGGUUCACUAGGAAAUGUAUGAAUGUAGCACCCUCAAGAGAAACUGCAGGAGAAUUAUUGCUUGGGAAAUCAGGGAUGUACUUUGUGGAGGACAACGUGUUUGAAGCCAGCAAUAGCCAGCAGAUUCCUCAGGGAGAGACAGAGCCUGCAUCCUUCUGCUGGACUUAUGAGGAGAUAAAGGAGGUGCACAAACGCUGGUGGCAGCUCAGAGAUAAUGCUGUGGAGAUCUUCCUCACUAAUGGCCGAACUCUGCUUCUGGCAUUUGACAAUACAAAGGUUCGUGAUGACGUGUACCACAACAUCCUUACUUCUGAGCUGCCCAACCUGCUAGAAUAUGAUAAUAUCAAUGCCCUCACACACCUGUGGGGCUCCAGCCAGAUCACCAAUUUUGAAUAUCUCACUCAUCUCAAUAAGCACGCAGGGCGCUCUUUUAAUGACUUAAUGCAGUAUCCUGUCUUUCCAUUCAUCCUGAGUGACUACACCAGUGAGAUGCUGGACCUGCAGGACCCAUCCAUUUACAGAAACCUGAGCAAACCUAUUGCAGUGCAGUCAAAAGAGAAAGAGGAUCGAUAUGUAGACAACUACAGGUAUUUGGAGGAGGAAUAUAAGAAGGGUGCACGUGAGGAUGACCCCAUGCCCCCUGUACAACCGUACCACUAUGGUUCCCACUACUCCAACAGUGGUACUGUUCUGCACUUCCUGGUCCGGAUGCCUCCCUUCACCAAAAUGUUUCUGGCCUAUCAAGACCAGAGCUUUGAUAUUCCGGACCGGACCUUUCACUCCAUGAAGACCACAUGGAGACUCUCCUCUUAUGAGUCCAUGACCGAUGUUAAGGAGCUGAUCCCAGAGUUUUUUUAUCUGCCAGAAUUCCUGGUCAACAGAGAAGGUUUUGACUUUGGGGUUCGGCAGAAUGGCGAGCGAGUGAACCAUGUGAAUCUGCCUCCAUGGGCCAGGAAUGACCCACGGCUCUUCGUGCUGAUUCACAGACAGGCUCUUGAGUCUGACCAUGUGUCUCAGAUGCUCUGCCAGUGGAUAGAUCUGGUGUUUGGACUGAAACAGAAGGGCAAGUCUGCUAUCCAGGCCAUCAACGUGUUUCACCCUGCGACAUAUUUUGGUAUGGACGUCUCAGCAGUGGAGGAUCCUGUACAGCGGCGAGCCCUAGAGACCAUGAUCAAGACCUAUGGCCAGACGCCCAGACAGUUGUUCCACACCUCACACAUCAGCCGCGCUGGACCCAAACUCAUAAUUGAGGGAGAGUUGCCCGCUGCCAUGGGCCUGCUGGUACAGCUGGCAUUCCGGGAGAGCCGUGAUCAGAGCAAAGAGAUUGUCCAUCCGAGUCCUCUGCCAUGGAUUAAGGGUCUAAAAUGGGGUGAGUAUGUGGGCUCACCUAGUGCUCCUGACCCAGUGGUGUGUUUCAGCCAACAACAUGGAGAGUGCUUCGGCUCCCUGCUGGCACUGCCCACCCGAGCCAUCUGCGGCCUCUCCUGCAAGUUCUGCCUUAUGAUGAUUUACAGCAAGGAGCAGGGUGUGAGAAGUAUGCACAGCACAGAUAUCCAGUGGUCUGCCAUUCUCAGCUGGGGCUACAGUGACAAUACACUGCGGCUCAAGAGCAAGCAAAGUGAGCCACCCAUCAAUUACAUCCAGUGCUCUCCGCUCCACCAGGUGACAAGUUGUGCCUGGGUGUCUGAUGGUUGUCAGCUAUUUAUGGGCAGUAAAUGUGGUGUUAUCACUGCCUACAACAAUCGUUUUGUGGGCUCUGAGAUGGAAGUUGAGUCUCAGGUUCACUUGUAUGGACACACAGAUGAGGUCACAGGUCUUUUUGUCUGCAAACCAUACAGUAUCCUGAUCAGCGUCAGCCGAGACGGAACCUGCAUCAUCUGGGACCUCAACCGCCUGUGCUAUGUGCAGAGUCUCACUGGUCACAAAAGCCCUGUGAAUGCCGUGUCAGCCAGUGAGACCACAGGAGAUAUUGCUACUGUCUGUGACUCAGUGGGUGGAGGAAGCGACUUGCGACUAUGGACAGUAAAUGGUGAUCUAAUUGGUCAUGUCCACUGCCGUGAGAACAUCUGCUCUAUUGCAUUCUCCAAUCAGCCAGAGGGGGUGUCAGUUAAUGUGAUUGCAGGAGGGCUGCAUAAUGGAGUUGUGAGGCUGUGGAGUACAUGGGACCUGAAGCCAGUGAGAGAAAUAACGUUUCCUAAGUCCAACAAGCCUAUAGUAAGUCUUACUUUCUCGUGUGAUGGACACCAUCUGUACACAACAAACAGUGAGGGCAUAGUGAUGGCUUGGUGUCGACGGGAUCAGCAGCGCAUGAAGCUGCCCAUGUUCUACUCAUUCUUGAGCACCUAUGCUGCAGGCUGAAAGAGUGGCAACUGCACUCUUUAACUGGUCUAUAACCUUCAAAAACCUCUGGAAACCCCACUGCCUUAGCAUGAGAAGAGGCCUGCAUGCGUUAAAGACUUAAAGACCUAUCCCUCAAGGCCCUCCUUUGGAGAGGACAUUUGUGCAAAAGAGAAUGCACUGUAAGAAGAGUGAUAUGUAUCUAUUGAUGAAGAUAGGAGAAUGUAUUUGUGGAAAAUAAUGAAAGUAUUGGACCAUUGGUUCUUUCCUCAUGCUCUUUACUAUGGUUGUUUCUUUUUUGUCAUGUAUACGUCUUUUAUUUGUUUUGUUUUUUGGUUGUUGCGGUUUUAUUUGUAGUAUGUUUCCACUCCUGUGUCAUACUUUGUGUAUUUGGUGGUGUUUUAUUUUGUAAUUUGACACUCCUCACAAUCCUAGCUCUUUCUGAAUAUCCAACAUCGAAGAACCAUUACCUUUGAAGCUAAAAUAAAUGUCUUUUUCCUAAAGCUCAUAUACUCUCACCAGCCGUACCAGCAGCCUUGGACUGUGUCUAUGUCCAAGUUACUGGGUGAAUCUACAGUUAACAUACAGAGUUAAUUAUUUUUGCUGUGGUGCAGCAGAAAAAUUAAAAGUAGAAGAUGGGUACAUGUGAUGGAAAAGUAGAGGGCAACUUUCAGGCACAGAAAGGAUACCAGAGAUGGUAAUAGAGAAACAUCGUGACAGCAAGAUGUUGCAGUGAAAUAACAAUGGAGGAAAUAAGCAGUCUGUUCCAUUCAUUCAUUCAUUGCAGGAAGAGUCCUUUUUGGGGAUCGUGUAGUAUCUAGACUGUUAAAGUUGGUGUGUUUUGAUGGUGUGAAAAUAACAUAGCAAAUGACAUUAAAUGAUUGAAAUGACCUUUCUCUUGACUCUUGAAAGAAUUUUUGGAGCCAUUUCUUAAUAAAAUUAGCACAAUUUUAUUUUCUUAUGAAGGGGCAAGUUGGUUGUUCUUUCUGUAUUUUGUUCCCUCAUUAUGCUACCCUUGGACUGCAUUUCUAUGCCAUUCCUGUACACAUUGUUAGAAUAAAGGGGAUAAUUAAUGCUGUUUAUAA